ACAUGACAAAAGAUAAAUGCAACAUAAAUUAUAAAUGAAAGUAUUUUAUGUUUGAAGUAAAUACCAAACAAUUUAAAAGUAGUCAUUUAUAAAGCACUAAAAAUGAUAAGGAAAUUUUGCCAUACUCAACCUAAGGUUUUAUCAUUUGUGGAAGAAAUGCAGAAGAAUUUUAUACCAACAAAUAAUUUUCAAAGAGCUAUAUUGUCAGUAGGAUCAGCCGCUGUUGCACUUUUGAAUCCUUACAGGGGAGAUAUGAUAGCAUGUCUGGGAGAAGUUACAGGAGAAAGCUCUUUGAAAUUUAUGCGAGAAAAAAUGUUAGAAACUACGGAAGGUGCUAAUAUAUUAACCGAACAACCAAGGAUAAACUCCCAAACUGUGUGCUUUGAAACACUUGCAAAAAUGCCAGAAAGAACAGUUGGCAGAGUGUAUGCAGACUUUAUGAUAGACAAUAAUAUUACAGCGGACUCUAGGUUACCAGUACAAUUUAUAUCUGAUCCAGAAUUGGCUUAUGUCAUGCAAAGAUAUAGGGAAGUCCAUGAUUUAGUACAUGCUAUUUUAUAUAUGAAAACGACUAUGCUUGGUGAAGUCACUGUUAAAUGGAUAGAAGGUAUCCAAACAAAACUUCCAAUGUGUGUAGGUGGGGGCAUUUGGGGAGCAGCAAGACUCAAACCAAAGCAUAGACAACUGUAUCUAAAACAUUAUUUACCUUGGGCAAUUGCAACUGGGAAUAACUCAAAGUUUUUACAAGGAAUUUAUUUUGAAAAGAGAUGGGAUCAAGAUAUAGAAGAUUUUCAUAAAGAAAUGAAUAUAUCUAGGCUGAGUAUAAAAUAACCAUAAAUAAGUAGAAAAGAAUUUACAGUUUAAUGUAGAUAUAUUUAAAAAAACAUAAAA